AUCACAUUUGCACAAGUGAGAUUGAACUACAGCCAGAUAUCUACUGGUGUCAGGAAAGACACCUACGCACGGAAAACUUUUGAAAAUUUGGACUUCCAGCAUCAUGUUCCUAAACCCGACGCUGUGGCUGCCGAUGGCAGUCUUGUCCUGCUACCUCAUCGCCUCCAUUGUGUCGGCGCAGCAGCCCAACAUCAUGUUGAUCUUGAUCGACGACAUGGGUUACGAUGAGCGCAGCUCACGCGAUCCCCGUUAUCGCACACCGACGAUGGACGACCUGGCAUCGAAGAGCGUGCGUCUGAACUACCUGUACACGCAGCCAUCUUGCACCAUGUCGCGCGCGGCGCUGCUCACCGGCAGAAUGCCGCACACCAUGGGCAUCGAACAUGUCUUCGAUAAAUUUGAUAACAGGUCGGUGCCUGUGGGUAUUAAGCUGUUCCCAGCAUACCUUCAAGAGGCGAACUACCAGACACAUGCGAUUGGCAAGUGGCAUCUGGGUAUGUGCAAUGAAAGCAUGAUACCAACCAGACGAGGCUUUCAUACUUUCUCUGGGUGUCUCCAUGGCAACAGCGACCAUUUCUUCAAAUUUAGAAACGAGCCAUAUGAUUUUUGGACGAACGAAACAUUGGAUCGUUCAGUGAAGGGCAAAUACGACACCGAGGUCCUUGCACAGCGAGCCAUCAGCAUCAUCAAGGCACACAAGAAGAGCGGAACCACUCAGCCAUUUUUUAUUUAUCUGGCAUUCAAGGCCAUACAUAGCCCCAUAACGGUACCGGCAUACCUCAGCGACAGGUGUUCCCACAUCAGUGACCCCCUAAUCAGAGACCGCUGUGGCACCAUGGCUGGCGUGGACGACGCCCUCAAGAACAUCACCAAAACCUUGGAAGGACAGGGCUACACGAAGAAACCACUGAUGCUCAUGGUGAUGAGCGACAACGGCGGCUCCUCACCUAACGGCGCAAGCAACUGGCCGCUGAGAGGAAAGAAAGCCACGCCGUUUGAGGGCGGCACCAGGGUCCCAGCGUUCAUGUACAGCUUUGGACUAUUGCCUGAUGCUCCACGAGAUUACAACGGUCUCAUUCACAUCACAGACGUACCUUUAACCCUCAUCAGCAUGGCCAGAAACUCCAACACACCAGUGGUCGUCCCCGACGUAGAUGGCAAAGACCAGUGGCAAGCAAUAAAGCAGAACGGACCGAGCCAACGGACCGUAUGGGUAUAUCAGAUGUGGGACGAUGAAGCAGGUGUAAGGAAGGGCAAGUACAAGCUGGUCUAUCAUACAAGUGGUCCAUGUUCCGGGUGGUACAAUCCUCUUCCAGGCGUUAACACAAGUCUUCCCGAAGAUGUGCUAGAUUGCGGAGGGUAUAUGUUAUUUGACUUAGAGCAGGACCCUUACGAGAUUAACGACCUGUCUAAAGACCCCGACUACGCCGAUGAGAUGAACGACGUGAUGGAGUAUUUCAACAUGGAGAAGGCGAGGAAAAUACCUGUUCAGAUAGCAGCUAUAAAUCCCAACAUGCCUGCGGAUGAUGCAGACUGGAAACCAGAUUGGUGUCCUGAAGCUUAGCAACGCUGCCGACCUCUAACCCACGAAGACUACUGCGAUCUCCACUGCACUCAUUAGUUUCUAGGUCUUUACGAAACUAAGUUAGACUCGGUAACUGAUGUUACAUAGCAACACUUGAAGUAAAGAUACAUUUCUGCAUA